AAGAAGGGGAGGGCGUGAGGGGAGAGGUUGUGGCGUCCGCAAAGCUAGGGCGCAGCAACUGAAGCCGAAGUUUAGUGCCAAGCGGUGUGGUAGAGUCCGACGCGCAGCAGCAGCCGAGGAAGGCUGGGGCGAGUGUCCCCGGGGGAAAGCACUGCUGCUCGAGAGAGACUCACCUCAGUGCGCGGGUCAGCCGGGGCCAGAGUGCGGGGAGCGUCGCCUGAGAGGUCCAGAGAGAGGCGGCUGAGGGGUCUCGCCGCCGGCGUCGUACGGCUCUAGGCGCCCUGGCCGGGGGGAAUGCCCCCCUGCAGGCUCGGCGACUAGCCUGGCCGCUUGGUGCAUGGCACAACUAUGGAGGUGGUGGACGAAACGGAGGCUCUGCGGCGCUUCUUCGAAGGUCAUGAUAUUAAUGGAGCUCUUGAACCAUCAAACAUUGAUACCAGCAUCCUGGAAGAAUAUAUUGCCAAGGAAGACUCACCAGAUAUUUCUGAUUUGGACUCCAUCUCUGACAUCCCAGCCUCCAUUGGCUACCCCCAUGCCCAGCCUUCCAGCUCUGCCAGUAUCAAUGCAUCUGUCUCCACUGUUGGUCAUGUGUCUAAUAAUGUGUCUGUAUCCAGUGGUACUCUCCAUCAUGGUCCUCCAAGCACCCAGGUCCCAAUCCGGCAUGGCAUCCAUCACAGCCCCCCUAGCAGCCAAGUUCCAAUCCGGCACGCACCCCCUUUGCCCAAUCCAUGUGGGACCAGCUACAGUUCUCACUUCAACUGUAAUAACAACAAUGGCAUGGUGGUGCCCAAGGGGUACCUCAGCGGCCACUGCCUGACCAACAUUGUCCCUCCAAUCAAAUCAGAGCUCAAGGCCUCUUACGCACCUGGCACUUUACCGGACUCUCCCCCGGACUCUGGAUCAGAGGCAUACUCCCCCCAGCAGGUGAAUGAUUUAGACUUCUGGAGAAUUGUGCAAAAUCAAGUCUAUUCCAGUAAUGAAGACCAAAGCAAGGAUGUUGUCAUGAGCUUGCUAUUAGGCGAUCCUCACCUUCUUCGAACCAUGACUCCUGAGAAUAUGUGCCAUGUGACUCCCCCUUCCCGAAUGGAGCAUCCCCCUCCUCCACCACCACCUCCACCAUCCCACCUCCAGGGCCCGCCACCGCCACCUCACCCACACCAGCAGCAACACAGCCAUCACUAUCCUAGCAUGCAGCGGGACAUGUACAUGAAGGCCGAGCCUCUGAUGCCUCCAUUCACUAUUGGACAGGGCAUUUCACCUGGAGAUCUCCACCAUGCUCAGCAGACACAGAUGCUUCACCAGCUACUGCAGCAGCAUGGAGCAGAACUUCCAGUGCACCCUGCCAAAAAGAGGAAACACUCGGAGUCACCCCCCAAUACUCUCAAUACCCAGAUGCUUAAUGGGAUGAUAAAGCAAGAGCCGGGUACGGGGUCUGUGCCACUGAACCCUGACAGAGUCCAGACACCACCUUGGCAUCAGCAGGGGGCACUCUCACCAGGCCUGAUUCAGGACAAUGACAGCUUGAAUGGCUCCUACCUAGAUCCCAACUACCAGUCUAUAAAAUGGCAGCCGCAUCAGCAGAACAAGUGGGCGACUCUAUAUGAUGCCAACUACAAGGAGCUACCUAUGCCCACAUAUCGGGUGGAUGCAGAUAAAGGCUUCAACUUCUCUGUGGGUGAUGAUGCUUUUGUGUGCCAGAAGAAGAAUCACUUCCAGGUCACAGUCUACAUUGGUAUGAUUGGAGAUCCUAAGUACGUCAAAACCCCCGAAGGCUUGAAGCCACUUGAAUGCUUCUACCUGAAACUGCAUGGAGUGAAGUUGGAGGCCGUGAACCAGUCAAUCAACAUAGAGCAGUCACAGUCUGACCGCAGCAAACGGCCCUUCAAUCCUGUCAUGGUCAAUUUGCCUCCAGAGCAGGUUACAAAGGUCACUGUGGGACGGUUGCACUUCAGUGAGACAACAGCCAAUAACAUGAGGAAAAAGGGCAAGCCCAAUCCUGAUCAGAGGUACUUCAUGUUGGUUGUGGCCUUGCAAGCUCAUGGCCAAAACCAGAACUACACUCUGGCUGCUCACAUCUCAGAGCGCAUCAUUGUUAGACAAAGGGCCGGUUCGGGGGUAAAACACAAACAGAGGGCGGACGGGGACCCCGGAGUCUGCAGACAAGCCUCUAACCCAGGUCAAUUUGAGAGUGACAGUGAUGUACUCUGGCAACGUGCUCAGCUUCCUGACACCGUCUUUCACCAUGGAAGAGUUGGCAUCAACACAGACCGCCCUGAUGAAGCCUUGGUUGUCCAUGGCAAUGUGAAAGUCAUGGGCUCACUUAUGCAUCCAUCAGACAUACGAGUAAAAGAUGACAUCCAGGAGGUGGAUACCACAGAGCAGCUGAAAAGAAUAUCCCGUAUGCGACUGGUGCAUUAUAAUUACAAGCCAGAGUUUGCUGCCACUGUGGGCCUUGAGAACACAUCAGAGACAGGUGUCAUUGCUCAGGAGGUGAAGGAGAUUCUACCAGAAGCAGUGAAAGACAGCGGGGACAUGGUUUUUACUAGUGGGAAAACCAUAGAGAACUUCCUAGUGGUAAAUAAGGAGCGUAUUUUCAUGGAAAAUGUAGGGGCUGUGAAAGAGCUUUGCAAACUGACAGACAACCUAGAGACCCGGAUUGAUGAACUGGAGAGAUGGAGUCAUAAACUCGCCAAGCUCAAACGACUGGACAGUAUGAAAUCAACUGUGAGCUCUGGAGCAUUCAGUCAAGCCGGGAGUCAGUUCAGCCGUGCAGGAAGUGUGCCACACAAAAAGUGCCCCCCCAAAAUGGCCAGCAAGUCGCCUUCUGUGGUCACAGACCAAGCUUGCAUCAGCCAACGUUUCCUACAAGGCACCAUCAUUGCCCUGGUGAUCAUUAUGGCAUUCAGUGUGGUAUCCAUGUCUACCCUCUAUGUGCUAAGCUACCGCAAUGAGGAGGACCUUGUGGAUCUUGAAGGGCCCAGUCAGAGCAUUGAUAAGAAUCAGCUUAUGUUUUCCACUGUUGCCUCAUCAAACACCCCUGUUGAUGCUUCCCUUUCACAACGUGCCACAACACAUGUGCCUGACUCUCUCUAUGGCUUGUCUGCACAUAGCAUAUUAGUCUGUUUUGACCCACCUUGUUUCUCCACAUGCUGCUCUCCUGUUCUGACCAGUGUUCCAAAUAAUGUAUCUUUUGCUGCACCAUCUGAGACUACUACCCCAGUCACCACCAACCGGACAGACCAGAGCCUCGUGUCGUUCCUGCCCGUGACCAACAUCAAAGCCAAAUCGAGGGGUUUCACUGGCAAGGUGGCUUCCCACACUAAGUGGUCAAAGACUUCAGAGAGAUCACGAGGCUUUGGCAGCCCCAAUGCCAGCCCAUCCUCCCCCUUCACCCAUAUCCAGGGCAAGUCCAAAUAUGUCUCCAACCUCCCUCUAACACGUAGCAACGUCUUCCCCGGGCAGACACGGCAACGCCGCAGCAUCAGCCAAUCAGACUCCGGGAAACCUGGCACAGGAAGCACCAACCAGGAUGGAGCAGCUCCUGUGCUCCAGUCCAUAUCACUUGUGGAAAGUAAUGUGGUCAUCACACCUCAGGCCUGUGCUGCUGGUAAUGAGUGCAGGACGGGGAACAUCACAUACCGCAUCCCCAUCAGCAAGUUUACUUCAGUGAACACAAACCUUACUUUGGAGAUGAAUGCCUCCUCUGCUGUGUCCGGCUAUCUUUGUGGUGUCGUCUCCAGCAACCCAUGUCAGCACAAUGUUGUGAACAUGGACAGUUUCUCUGAUGCAACAGACACUCAGGGAAUAACAUACCGUUGGUCUGUGGUGAUGAUGCCAUUCCAAGAGUUCACCUACCACUUCCGGUUUGCUAGGCCUGGCCAAGCUAACUGCAGUGCCACUGUGGAACAGAUGGGCUCUCUCUUUACAGACUAUUACUUCCAAUUCUACUGGCUCUGUGAGUGAGUCUUGGGAGCACCACCGCCCUGUGAUUGGCUCUGAAAUGGCCCACACAACUCACUGGACUGGAUGUUCUCUCCUAUGAGCCCCCAAGUCGUAUCCUGUUGCCUCUGAUCUGCUGGUUUGGUUCUUUUUUAUUUUCUAGUGGUGGAAUAUUGACAUUAGAAUGUCAUGCAACUUUGGGGAUACAUUGCCACCAGCCAAACACUGAAAUAUUGAGGCAUUUCCCCCCCCCCUUGACAUUCCAGAUCCAUGUCAUUCAGUCCUUUGAAUGCCAAACUUGUAGGGACUUUGGCAUUUCUUCCUUUUCCUCAUUAUUACACUGGAUUUGAAAAUUCUACACUGGACCAUGCCUGGAUUCAAUCGGUUUGGACACCUCAAAGCUGCGAAAUACGGCUUGGCUGGGAAUGGAUCUCAGUACCCAGAAAGCCAAUGAAGCAACUUUCUAACUCACUGACAUUUCUCAUCAAUGACGCUGGGAGUCCUGUCCUAAAGCUCAAACACUGGAAUUCUUCCUGUAAGAGGAAUAUUCUGCCUGGCUGUGUUUGCAAGUCAUACACUGGAGCUUCUGACCUUCUGGCUGGUAGCUAGCUGCUUCUGUCUUAACUUAUGCUCUGCAGAAGUCCUGGUGACACUGGAACACACAAAUGACUGGUUGUUUCGAACAGCAUCAACCAAUGGAAAAGCUACAUCAUUUGCCUCUGGCUACUUCCUCUCUCUCCUCUUCGCUUUUGCAAUAUAGUUACAUUCCAGGGAGAGAAGACCUCAAGAACCUCACAAAAACUACUCUGCGAGUCUCAGGCAGUCUAGUUUUGCUCCCAUUGUGCCUUCUUUUUCAGAUUUGGAUGAAGAUGCUUCUAAUGAAGCGAGCUAGGAGUCAUAACGUUCUCCCCUCAAAAUCUAAUUCAGCAGUGUCUGGGCUUUGUCACUGGACUGAUGUAUACACACUGGGGGUGGGGGGAUGACGAUGGCAGCAACAACUUUCCUAAGCCCAUACAUCUAGAGCAGCAAAAAAUGCCUUUGACCUAAAGAGCAAAGCCCACGCUCAGCAAAACGCCAUCCCAAAUGAGGGAGAGGGAGGGCCACCAGAAGAGAUCUAUCCUAUGCUAAAAAUAUCCAGACUGAAAAGUGUUUUGAUCCCCAAGGGGUCACUGUCAGGCAACAAACAGAACACUUUCCCCUCCACUCCAGACCUUAGCCUCCUUGGCAUUCUUAAGCGUAUUUUAGGAAUACUUUGGGUAACUUGCUGUUACAAGGUUUUAACCUGCUAAACCACUGAUCUUCCCUGCCCCCCCAAAACAAAAAAUCAGUUUGCUUAAUUAUUGAUCUGCUUGUCUCUCAUAGGAAACUAAAGUGCACCUAGAUUUUGAAUCAGGUGGUGCAAGGAAUUAAGACAGAUGCAUAAGCACAAACACUUAUCAGGCGUAUCAGGCCUUUAGCCUCCAUUCAGAGGGAGAAAGGAUAGGCCAACUCAGCCAGGCUCUGGUUCUUUGUAAAAAAGGGUUGUUUUAGACUACUGUGUAAGAAUGUGAACAACAGCAUGGAGAGGAAAGUGAAAUGAUGGGGAAGGAAAAGAUAGGAAACAAGUUUGCUCGCUGCUGGUGCUGCUCACUGAUCCUGAAUCAAAAUAUAAAUCUGCAAGUCCACAGAUACAAACAUUCCUGCCUUUGGUUUAUUCUAAUCACCUAGCACUGACAGUUGUUAAAUCGGGUUAUUGUAAUGAAAAGGACAAAUGUGUUCAGGUAGGAAUUCAGUUGAUGAUGGUUUUUCUCUGUGUUGGUGGAAUGUAUAGUGAUGCCUGCAUUCGUGGAUGAAUCUGCCAUUUUAUUAAUGAAAUUGCCAAGUAAGCAGGCUCUGCCCCCUCACUUGCUCCUUUAGGCCCUCAUCACUUUCAUGUAUUUGCUACUCUCAGGUUGUGUCUUUCACAAAUGUAAUAGUCCCUCUUCACCGAGAACUCUGGUAACUAGUUCUGUGUGAGAAGUUUGUGAUUUCCAAGAGAAAAUGUGAUGCACCCACAGCAAACUACAGUCCACAGGAUUCUUUGAAGGAAACAGGGACAGUGAAAGUGGUAUAAAACUAACAGAAAGGUGUAAUGUGUAGAUAUGUCCUCAGUGUCUGUUAGAUGCCCAGUAAUAACUGCCAUCUUUCCUUUAUAAUGCUGCAUAUUCUAGUCUCAUGAGCAUAAGGAAAAAUGGCACUUUUCACUGUGGUAUUACCAUUCACUAGAAGCAGCAGAGAUGAGCACACAGGUGCGUGGGGUGGGAAAGAUGCGAAGAUUCAGUAGACCAUGGGCACGGCUGCAGCCUUUGUAAGUCUGACAAUGGCCUGUGGGGUGCCUAUCAAGGAACAAGGAUAUAAGGAAUGUACAGCUGUAAUUGCUGGUGCGCACCACCAGCUGGCACUAUUGCCCAAGAAAUACAGCAGUCGAAAAAUGUGAUCUGCUCUUGGUAUAAAGAGAUAACGACCUACAGGCACAAUUAGAUGUGAUGUAGAAGAUCCACAAUUAUAUCCACCUUAUUCGCAUCUCAUUUGGCCCCAAGUCAAAGAUACACUAACAUCAGUCAGACUAGGCUAUGUCAUUUGUUAAUGCAUUUUCUGCAGCCAAGGCAGUGUGUGUGUGUGUGGGGGGGGGUUCCACCUAUUUGAAUUGCAAAUGAAGGAAGAGCAGAAAUCAAUUUGGGAAGCAAUUCUAUACUCACCUCUGUGCAAGCCCCAUUGAAUUCAGUGGGACUUCUAUGUAGAUGUAUAGGUUUGCACAGUUGUGGUGUAAUUUAUGAAAAUUAUCUUGCAUUAAAUUACCUGGCAUAUGCUGGGGGGUAAAGAAAGGCCGGGGAAGGAACUGGCAAUCCCACCCCAUCUAUACGGUCUGCCUAGUAAACGUCACAAGACGUCGCCCUAAGAGUCGGAAACGACUCGCACUACAAGUGCGGGGACACCUUUACCUUUUUUAAAUGCCAGAAGUGCAAUAUUGGUUUAAACGUCACUUGGGCAACAGCCUGUCAGUGACAAAAGCUUCAGAUGCUGCAGAGCAACUGCCACUGUUGCUUUUCCAGACCACCCUUUAUAGCCCCUGCUUCUCUCUCUACCUACUACAGUCUUCUUUCUUCAUGAACAGAUCCAUGUUAUCUAGGAACUCCACCAGCUGAAGCCCCUUAGAAUCCCCCCUCAUACAUUUCUCCCUUUUCUCCUCCCUCUCCUUCUCCUGAACUGCCUUAAUUCCAGCGUAUGUCUGGUAGAGCCAAUGUAGAGGACGGGGGGGGGGAUCUUAACCUGUACUUUCUUGAAUUGCUUUGGAGUUUUAGUUUGACAGGCAUAUGCACACUCCACCCACUCAGGCUAGACGCUGUUGCUGUUUCUCAGAGUAAGAGACAGAAACAUAGGUAUGGGGAGUUCUUAUUUUUCAUGAACAUUUUAGGCAUCACUGUAAUGGGUCGAAGAUUCACUUAGCUAAUGCAUUUGGCAGUGACCAGUAUGACAUUUGUUAGAGGAAAUUCCUGAGAAGCCACAAGGAAGCUUUGGACUGCUUACCUGCCACCUAAGCAUUCACUUAGCCUUAAUCUAGGGGUGAACCAGUUUCCUCAGGCCCAGUGGCCAUAUUUAGCCCUCCAGGCCUCCGUCUGGCCCCCAGGCUACCCAGCCACACCCUCUCUCUCCAGGCCACACUCCUCACUGGCCUUGCUUUACACAACCCUUGAGUGUUUUUGCUUAGCUGAACUGUGUCCUUGAACUCUGAUAAUGACUCUUGCUUGGCUGUAUGGUGGAUAAGGAAAGAUGUGCGAGUGUGCAUACAAACUGGCCUACUCUAAAGAGGUGUAAGCUACAUUCAUUGCUCUGCCCAUUUUUUCUUCUAGCCCCGCGUACCACUGACAUGUGGCUCCCAGAUGUUUGCCCGGAAGGGAACGUGGCCCUUGGGCUGAAAAAGGUUUCCCAGUCCUUCCUUAAUCUCCCCUAAGAUUAACUGACAAAGCAGCUGGAACAGUAGGCUCAUUUAUGGCAACAUGCACUCACCAUUGUAAAGUACUCUACCGACAGAGACAUGCAAAUACUUCACAAAAAUGGAAUUGGCUGCCCAUAUGGUGGCAUUAGAUACCCAGCUGAUCCUACCAUAUUUUCCUGGUGCUGUUCUUGUUGGUCCAUGCCUGCUUAGUUUUUUUUUGGUCUCCCCACUGGAAGCCAUUCCUUUAUCCACUGUGGUGGAUGUGCCUUUGAUCAUCCAUGAAGGUUCAGUACGAAAUUACUGUUCACCACGCAGGCAUCCAGGAAUCCUCCAACUAGAAUGCAGUUCUAGUUCUCCAGGUGAACUUCAUUCAAGGACACCAUAAGCAAGUUCAGAGUGUCACAAAAAAAUACAUUUGUCCUUGGACAAUAUUCAGAUACCUCUUCUGACUCUGGAUAUUAGAAAAUCAGGACCUUAGGGGGCAGCACUACAUUUUCUAGCAGUGAGAGGCUGGUCUUCCUUUCUGCAUUCUGGAGCCUUGAUUCCCUGUACUUGCCAUGUAGGCUGGAUUUUUACAUUACUCCAGCAAAACGGGAGCCGACGCAGUGCCACUCCUUCCCGGCACUAGGUGUCCCACUGGAGGUGCUCAUGCUGGAGCUCUUCUCUGUAUCAUCAUUAACCCAGUUUCCUAAGUGUUGACCCUGGCAAGGGGAGAAGUUACAGGAGGGGCAGGGCCUGGGGUUUCCUGUGCUAUUCUGGAAUUUUGGGAAACAACAAACCAGCCUGUAAGAAGUAAUGCAAGAAGCAGCUCAUAGAAGUGGAAGGAUUUGUUGUUCAUCUUAAUGGUUGAGAGCAUCUUCCUCAUCUUAGUCCUGGUGUGUCUCUGCUGCUCUCCUUCCCAACAGCAGGAAGCUAAACACUCUCCUUUCUACAGACCAGCAAUAAGAAGUCUUCAGACCAGUGGUUAAGAAACUACUGGAUUAAAAACAAUCUGGUGAGGACAUUCACAUUUUGACCUGACUAUCCCUUGCCCACUCCCCAGGGCAUAAAAAAAUAUAACCAUCCAUCCGUCCAUAGUUUGUUACCUAUCAAGAUCAGGGUGAGGGCAGCAGGGGUGUGGUGACAUCAGAAGUAAAUUAACCAAUCACUUUUUCUUCUGGUCUUAACAGGUUGCAUUGGAGAGAAGGGCUGUACAUGUAUCAAACACUUUCACUGGUAAAUUCACAUCAGUUCUAUCUCUGAGAAUCUGAUAUGCGUAAUCCAUGAUAACAGUAGUAUUCUUUACAUUAGUUUUAAUGGUUUUAUUGUUUUAAACUGCUAUAACUACUUACUGUAUCUAUGUAGCACUUUUUAAAAUUUCAAAGUGCUCUACAGUAUUGGGGUGUGUGGGAGACGACCAACAUUAAAGAAUAGUUCUAUAGCCUGUGUUUGAAUUGGUAUCAGACAUUAGCUGGAUUGGCCAGUUUAGCAUCUUCACCUACUCUCCUUUCUUGGGAGAUGUUCUCCCUACUUACACCAUUUACAUACUCUCCCAAAAUAGAAGAAUGAAGGGUUGACAACUAGAUGAUUUAUUACAUCUGACAAAGGGAGCUCUAUUCUAGUGCUGGCCUAGCAGGAAAUUAUUUUUUCUUUAGAGUUGGAACCUGAAGCUCUCUCUCUAGACAUUUAGGGAGCCAAGAAGAAAAUCAAAGGUGAUAUGGAGCCAGCUUUUAAAGUGUGGCUGUUUUGAGGGGCUGGGAAUGAGUUCUCAAAGGAAAAUUCAUAAGCCUUUUGCCUUUUUGUUGUUAAAAGCUUAAAGCCUGUAAAUAAAAGUUUUGUGCCAUCACUGUGAGCCUUAAGGAAGAUAAAGCACUAAUUUGUUUGGUUUAAAUGUUAUCACAGCUUUAAUCACUGUAUAUUGUUCUCAGUUUCAGAGUUGUAUCCUUAGUGAGUGCUAUAUUAAUGAAGUUUUAUUGUUUUACUUUGGUGGAGGAUAUGUGUGGUUGCUUUUUCCCUUACCUUUCUGAUUUGUAUUUAUAUUUUGUUGGUUUUGGAGUGCUGGUGCUCAGGACUCCUCUACUUCUUGUUUUGCUUAUGUGUAGACCUCUUAUUCAUAAGAAAUGUACCUAUAUAAAUAAAUAUAUAAGUAUACUACUUUGUAUCCAAGAUUGGCUCAUGGCUUCUUCCUCUAUCUCAUGGAACUGAAUUGUUACAGGUAAUGUAAUGAUUAGGGCUGCAACCAGAGGGUGGUUUUUUUUGUUUUUGUUUUUAAUGAUUGUUUUAUUCAGUUUAAUUGAUUAAAUCUGCUUAUGGGCAUAAACAGUAUUUUUGAAACAAGAAGUGUGUUGGCACACAUGUAUAUGUGCUGCCAAAAUAAGCACUGAUGCACAGAUGUUAU